CGAUGGUGGCGGCGUGAGCGCGGCGGGCCGGCGACAGGCACCGUCCCCGCGGGGCGCGGCGGGGACCCGGGCCGGGCAUGGAAGCGGAGAAGAUGGACGAGAACGAAUGGAAGUACCACGGGGAGGGCAACCAGAGCCUCGUCGUCUCCCACUGCCAGCGCUGCGUGGUGCUGCGGUUUCUGAAGUCCCCCCCCAACCAGAACAAGACUUCAGAGGAAAUACUACACCAUCUGCAAAACAUUGUAGACUUUGGAAAACACGUAAUGAAGCAGUUCUUUGGGGAGAAUUACGUUCACCAUGGGGAAAUUAUUCAACUGCCUUUAGACUUCGUAAGACAGCUCUGUUUAAAGAUUCAGCCAGAGAGGCCAGAGUCUCGCUGUGAUAAAGACAUGGACACACUUAGUGGUUAUGCAAUGUGCCUUCCUAAUCUUACCAGGCUGCAGACCUUUCGCUUUGUGGAACCCCGGCCAAUCCUCUGCAUAGAGAUUAAGCCAAAGUGUGGCUUCAUUCCUUUCUCCAGCCAUGUUUCACAGGAGAUAAAGCACAAGGUGUGUCGUUACUGUAUGCAUCAGCAUCUCAAGGUAGCAAAUGGGAAGUGGAAGCGACCAAGUAAAUACUGCCCAGUGGAUCUCUUCUCAGGAAAUAAACAAAGAAUGCACUUUGCUUUGAAGAGCUUAUUGCAGGAGGCACAGAACAACUUGAAAAUAUUUAAGAAUGGGGAACUAAUUUAUGGCUGUAAGGAUGAUCAGGAGUGCUCCUCUGACUGGAAUGAACUCGCUCGUCAUUUAAAACCUUUCUUUUUUCCUUCAAAUGGUUUGGUCAGUGGACCACACUGUACAAGGACAAUUGUUAAAGAACUAAUCCAUGUUAUAACUCUGACGCUACUAAGUAGUACUGAUGCCUGCAGGGCAGGUGAUAUGAAGACAGUUCCUGUCUCACAAGGAAGAAGCUACUGUGAAGCAAGUGCUUUUAAUAAGGAGCUGGUAAGAAAUGGUAAACACAAAUUGGAAAGCUCUGGCUUGCCAAGGGGUUGCCUCCUUUAUAAAACUCUUCAGGCUCAGAUGCUUGACAUGCUGGAUAUUGAAGGACUCUACCCUUUGUACAACAGAGUUGAACAGUACUUAGAGGAAUUUCCUGAAGAGAGAAGUACAUUACAGAUAGAUGGACCUUACAACGAAGCGUUUUAUGAGAAGCUGCUAGAUCUUUCAACAGAAGACGAUGGGACGAUAGCAUUUGCAUUAACAAAGGUGCAACAGUACAGAAUUGCGAUGACUGCUAAAGACUGCUCCAUCAUGAUUGCCCUUUCACCUUGUCUACAAGAUGAGUGCUCUGAGCAAAGACCUGUGGUACUUGCAUCCAAAACAAGAUUCACCUUUUCUGUUUCUGUCCUGGACCUCGAUCUUAAACCGUAUGAAAGCAUUCCUCAUCAGUACAAACUUGAUGGCAAGAUAGUAAACUAUUAUUUGAAGAAUGUACAGGCCAAAGAUGACCCAGUUAUGUCCAGUCUCUUCAAGGAGAAUGAAGACUGCACAUUAGUUCUCCACAAAGUGUAACUCUUUCCUUAAGGUUACUUUUAUUAGAACACAUUAGAAAGUGAGAGAUCAAUGGAAUACAAUUAUGGUGAUUUUU